CGAAGAACGAGAACGGAUUGGAUAAUUGCCACCAAUGGACCGUGGACGCAAAGCCAUCCCCACGUUGAACAAGCACACUGACUCCAAGUACUACCAGCGGUGCCAAGAGAUUCACCGAUCCAAGCUCUUCACUAUCAAGAGCUCGAUCGACAACAGCGAACCACACCGCCCCACGCAUCUGCGCAAGAAUAUGAAGAAGGAACAGAUGAGGGAGGAGCGCUACGCUGAGAUCGAGCGUGAGAACCGUAUAUUGCUGGAGAAGAUGUCGACGAUCAUGCAAGGCGAGACGCUCGACAACAAGAACCAGUCCGUCGCGUACUCCCACAGUCUCAACAAGGGCCAGCGCAAGCGUGAACUGCAGAGAAUCACGUCUGAGAACCAAGCGAUCCUUCGUCGCAUUCAGAUGCGAGAACCCACGUACGAUCACUUGCAAUGGGAGGAAGAUGCCAAGAAAAACGAGCGAUACGCCGCCAACAUCCGCGAGUUUCCAUCCAGCGAUAGUCAGGAACUGCUUGAAGAAAUGCGAACCAUGUCGGCAUACUCGAUGGGUGGAACAGGCAAGGAUUACUACUAG